AUGGCUCGGGCGCUGCUCCGGGGCCUGUGGCCGCUGCACAUCGUCCUGUGGACGCGCAUCGCCAGCACCGUCCAGCAGCCGGUCCCCAAGUCCGAUAUGGAAAUGGAGACCCAGAGAGAUGAAGUCAUUGGUCCAAAUUGUGAUAGGACUGGACACCCACUGAGACCCUUGGUUAAUGACAACGUCAUGGUCACGGACACCAAUGGGGCAAUCAAGUUACGGCAGCUGUGCAAGUUCUGCGACGUGAGACUUUCCACCUGUGACAAUCAGAAGUUCUGUAUGAGCAACUGCACCAUCACGUCCAUCUGUGAGAAGCCACACGAGGUCUGCGUGGCUGUGUGGAGGAAAAAUGAUGAGAACACAACACUAGAGACGGUGUGCCACGAACCGCAGCUCAGCUACCAUGGAUUUGUUCUGGAAGAUUAUACUUCUGAAAAGUGUAUUAUGAAGGAGAAAAAAGUGCCUGGUGAGACCUUCUUCAUGUGUUCCUGUAGUGCUGAGGAGUGCAAUGACCACAUCAUCUUCACUGAAGAAGACAGCACGAAGAACCCAGAUUUGUUGCUAGUCAUCGUGCAGGUGACAGGUGUCAGCCUGCUGCCUCCGCUGGGCAUCGCCAUCGCGGUCACCAUCAUCUUCUACUGCUACCGCGUGCACAGGCAGCGGAAACUGAGCUCCUCCUGGGACAGUAACAAGCCGCGGAAGCUGAUGGAGUUCAGCGAGCACUGCGCCAUCAUCCUGGAGGACGACCGCUCGGACAUCAGCUCCACGUGCGCCAACAACAUCAACCACAACACCGAGCUGCUGCCCAUCGAGCUGGACACGCUGGUGGGCAAGGGCCGCUUUGCCGAGGUCUACAAGGCCAAGCUCAAGCAGAACACGUCCGAGCAGUUCGAGACGGUGGCCGUCAAGAUCUUCCCCUACGAGGAGUACGCAUCCUGGAAGACCGAGAAGGACAUCUUCUCGGACAUCAACCUGAAGCAUGAGAACAUCCUCCAGUUCCUGACGGCGGAGGAGCGGAAGACGGAGCUGGGGAAGCAGUACUGGCUGAUCACCGCCUUCCAUGCCAAGGGCAACCUGCAGGACUACCUGACCCGGCACGUCAUCAGCUGGGAGGACCUGCGCAAGCUGGGGGGCUCCCUCGCCCGGGGCAUCGCACACCUGCACAGCGACCACACGCCCUGCGGGAGGCCCAAAAUGCCCAUCGUGCACAGAGACCUCAAGAGCUCCAACAUCCUCGUCAAAAACGACCUCACCUGCUGCCUGUGUGACUUCGGGCUCUCCCUCCGCCUGGACCCCACCCUGUCCGUGGAUGACCUGGCCAACAGCGGGCAGGUGGGAACUGCAAGAUAUAUGGCUCCAGAGGUCCUCGAGUCCAGGAUGAACCUGGAGAAUGUUGAGUCCUUCAAGCAGACGGAUGUCUACUCCAUGGCUCUGGUCCUCUGGGAAAUGACGUCUCGCUGCAAUGCAGUAGGAGAAGUGAAAGAUUACGAGCCUCCGUUUGGUUCCAAGGUGAGGGAGCAUCCCUGUGUCGAGAGCAUGAAGGACAACGUGUUGCGAGAUCGAGGCCGACCAGAAAUCCCCAGCACCUGGCUCAGCCACCAGGGCAUCCAGAUGGUGUGUGAGACGCUGACCGAGUGCUGGGACCACGACCCCGAAGCCCGACUCACGGCCCAGUGUGUGGCCGAGCGCUUCAGCGAGCUGGAGCACAUGGACAGGCUCUCGGGGAGGAGCUGUUCCGAGGAGAAGAUUCCAGAAGACGGCUCACUGAACACUACUAAAUAGCCUUCCUGGGGACAGGCUAUACCAUGCCCAAAGAGGCCUCCCCUUUUGCCAAA